GCAUCUGUCACGCACCCAAGGCCUUUACAUUCCAGGAACGUCUUCCUAUUUUUUAUCUCUUCUUUCCUCUCUCCUCCAUUCUCUCUUCACUUUCUGAAUUUUUGGUCUCGCAUGGUUCUGAUCUCCAUUCUUCAUCCUUCUACUCCGGUGGCAGCGGCAGUGACUUCGACGACGGUUGCUACGACUCUAGCGUGGUUCAAAUCUGGCUACGUGACAGUCUUUUCCGCAUGAGAUCGGCAACCAACUCGUCGGAAACAGACGCACUAGAGGAAUUAACAGUGGUGGUGGAGGAUAUGUCGGCAAUCCAUGUAGAUGCAUACGAGGACUUGCCCGGAGGCUGGCGGCGGCACUAAAGAACAUGGCGUGGGCAGAUUGAGACUUGUUUCAGAGCGGCGAUGGAUUAAGCAACGCUGCCACCCGCAGCCGCUACCGGCGACCCCAGCCGCCACCGGCGACGGUGGUCGGCAUGGUAGUCGGCGGCAGCGGCACAUGACAUGGUGGCAGACCGGCAUGAAUUUUAGUGUGAUAGUAUAUAUGUCCUAGCUGCAGUGCAUAUCUAGAUGCAGUGCAUCUGGUUGAUUGUUUUUUGUCUUAAAUUAGGCUUUCAUUAAGUGUACUUUUGUCUACUUAGUUACUUUUAGUCCUGUGAAGGGCCGUUUUUAGGGGGUUCAAUAGGUUAUCCAGAACAGGGCUCCAGAAUUACGGGGCCCCAAAUUUUUUAAAAUUUAUUAGUAUUAUAUAGUAAUAUUAUAUAUUAAUACUAAUCAAUAAAAUACAUUUAGUAAGGAAGAAAAAUAUAGAUCCAUCAUUUUUUUCGUUGGUCCUUUCACUCUUUUGGUUCUCUUUUAACGUGUAUUCAAUUGAUUUCAGUCUACGUAUUUAGAUUGAGAUUUUUUUUAACUUUUCAUAUUAAUGUGGGCCUUAAUUUACAUUUAGA